ACCGCCAGUUUUAUUCCGUUAUGGCCACCACUAUUUAUUUACAGUAAGAUGGGGUUGGGUCCCACCAUUUAAAAUGGUGGGUGCCAUCCAAGUCCAUGAGCAAUGAUGCAAAACGUGUAAUCUGCCUCUGCCACGGUCAAAACCAUCAAAUAAAAAACCAGCAUAUAAAAAUGGCCAAAAAAAAAAAGUUGAAAUGCUUCACGCGCACGCUACCCUGCAGCCUUAUCCAUUCUAUAUGAAACUGCCCACUUACAUGGUCUUCACCCUAUAAAUACCUCUCUUUCCACUUUCUUGAUACCAUCUUCUUUUCACCCAUUUAACCAUUUUCUUAAAAAAAAAGAGCAAGUCUCCAUGGCUGACAUUGCUAUUCUGGUUGCUGAGGAGUAUGAAAGGAGAGUCAAGAAUUCAAGGAGAGUCAAGAAUUCAAGGAAGUUGUCUGAAGAUUCAGGUUCAGACAUCAAGGUUUUUAACUGGGUUUCUUGUGUUUCUUUCCUGUCUCGGAGUGUCAAGAAUAAGGUUAGGCAAGAGAAUAUUGAACUUGCCAAAAUGGUUUUGGAGCCCAAGACCCAAAUUGGUCUUGCAGCUUCUAAUGGGUUCUUCUCUGCCUGAGUUUUUUCUCUUCUUGAUUUCGAUCUUCUAUUUUUUUUUCUUUUAGUUUGUAGUUCUGUACAAAUUUUAUGUUCCGAUGAUGUAAUAUCAGUAUUAUACAUGAAAAUUUAAUAUCCUUUAAAGUUUAUUGAA